GUUCUCAGGCAGCUUCAAUGGAAGGAGGGAGCCAAGAAGGGGCCCUGGUAUACAUUCAAAGAUGAUAAUUACAACAUGGAUUGUGUAUAUUCUUGCUCGGAAAGGUGUAGGGCUUCCCUUCCUACCAAUAACCAGUUCGGACAUUGACGUUGUGGAAAGCGAGGCUGUGUCUGUACUACAGCAUUGGUUGAAGAAAACAGAAGAAGAGGCUUCUCAGGGCAUAAAGGAAAAGCUGUCCAUCAACUACCCUUCCCAGGGCGUAAGGGAGAAGAUGUCCACGGCCUCCCCUCCCACCCAUGGCCAGAACGUCCAUGUGACCAGAGAUGUGGUGAAGCACCACCUCUCUAAGUCUGAUAUGUCGGCAAACCAGAGCCAAGAGGUCCUAGAGGAGAGAACACGAAUCCAGUUCAUAAGAUGGAGCCACACUCGUAUCUUCCAAGUGCCAAGUGAGAUGACGGAGGACGUCAUGCGAGAUCGAAUAGAGCAGGUGAGACGAAGCAUAUCCCGUCUUGCAGAUGUCUCAGCUCAGGACUUCAGUAUAAGACCCUCCUGCUCAGACUGCUAAGAGCUACAGAUGGAGCUGGGAACGCAGAGAACAGUGGGGUUACAGGGAGUCAUCAGCAGCCCUACCCCUUGGCCAACCACAUCGCCCUGCUGUGUCCCCUGGGCAUUUCUCUACCUCCUAGGUGGAAGUCCUUCAGGGUCCAGCAGCAACUUGUAUCAGAAGAACAUCCUUCUCUGCUUGACCUGAAGAAGGGCCAGACCUAGGCAGAAAGACUCCAGCAGGUGAGCUCUUCAUGCGACAGUGUCAGCACUGGAGACUUCUUGCUGAACUGCGAAUAAAGAGACGUGCUAUUUAACAAC